AUGGCGCCCGCAAAGUCUAAGGCCCAGAAGAUGUCCAUUGGGUCCUUCUUGGCCGAUGAGAGCCUUGGCUCUUGGGCUGACGAGAUGGAGGAUAUGCCCCUCCCCAACCGUAUCGAGCGUGGUGGAUACUCCGUUCGCGAACCGCUUCCUCUCCCAACCGAGCCGCCUUACACUGUCCACGUUGGAAACCUUUCCUUCGAAGCGACCGAGCAGGACAUCUCUGAGCUUUUUGCUGGCUGCAGCGUGACAAGUGUCCGUGUCGUCGAGGACAAGUUGACCAAGGCCCCCAAGGGAUUUGGCUAUGUGGAGUUUGAGACCCUGGAGGGCCUGCAGAAGGCCCUGGACCUCUCUGGCACUACUCUUCAGGGAAGAACCAUUCGCACCAGCAUUGCAGAGCCUCCCAAGGAAUCUCGUAUGGAAGGCCGUGACCUUGACUGGACUCGCCGGGGUCCCCUCCCCCCUGCCCCCGAGCGCCGCAUUCCUGAACGUUCUAGCUUCGGUCGUAACAUGGAUGCCGCCUCUGAUGCCGGCAGUGACCGCGGUGGUGCCCGUCGCAGCAACUUCGAGUCUGAUGGAAAAUUCCGCGAUUUCGGCAACUGGGAACGCAAGGAAGGUGGUUCCAGCUUCCGCCGAAACUCCCCUCCUGCUUGGGGUGAGGGUCGCUCGCAAGACGGUUCCCGUCCUCCUCGCCCAGACCGUCCCGAGCGUACCCCCACAGCUGCCGAUAUGGACAACCAGUGGCGCAACUCGAUGCGCCCCGACCAGCAGCAAAAGGAGCCCACUUCCCCAACUGCUCCUGCUUCCCGCCCUAAGCUGAACCUUUCCAAGCGCACCGUCUCUGAAGCCCCGACCACCUCCACCGCCGGUGGAGAUUCGAAGGCCAGCCCCUUCGGCGCGGCCCGACCUAUCGAUACCGCCACCCGCGAGCGUGAAGUUGAGCAGAAGCGUCAGCAAGCUGUUCGCCAGAAGAAGGAACAGGAUGACAAGACUAAGUCCGAGAAGGAGAAGUCCGAGAAAUCGGAGAAGACCGAGAAGUCUGAGAAGUCCGAGAAAUCUGAGAAGUCCGAGAAGCCUAAACAGGCUAAGGAGCAGACCAAGGAGCAGAACACGGAGAGCAAGGGUGGGGGUAACUUCGAGAUCCUCCGGCGGGCCGGUGGAGACGACAUGGCCGCCGACCAGGAGACUGAGCAGGCGCCUGCCGCGGCUGCUGCCCCUGCGGAGGCUGCGAAGGAGACCACUAAUGGUAACUGGAGAAGCGCCGAGGCCCCUACCGAGGACAAUGAUGGCUGGAGCACAGUGGGCGCCAAGCCUCGCAGCAGCCGUCGUGGCGGCCGUGGAUUCUAG